UGUCAAGUACGCGCCGAGUCUUCCUCCUCCCAUUCUUUUUUUACUUGGCACAAGCCACAGGUGCUGCACUACUUUUCCUCGGUCUACAAAGCCUUCGCGCUCCUGCGCCGGCGAACUGCUUUCUUGCACAGCAUUUCUUCCCUCCCCUGCCAUCUUGCAUCCACAUUCCUCUCCUUUCGCCGGCCGAAGAUGGCAAUAGACCACGCAUCCCCUCUCGCGCUCAAGAGCGGCGGCGCCACGGGAGGAGCGGAGUGCGACGAGGAGGCGGGGAACCAGCGGUGGCCGCCGUGGCUGAAGCCGCUGCUGGCGACGAGCUUCUUCGUGCAAUGCCGGGUGCACGCCGACGCGCACAAGAGCGAGUGCAACAUGUACUGCCUCGACUGCAUCGGCGGCGCGCUCUGCUCGCUCUGCCUCGCCCACCACCGCGACCACCACGCCAUCCAGAUACGGAGGUCGUCGUACCACGACGUGAUCCGGGUGUCGGAGAUACAGAGGGUGCUGGACAUCACCGGCGUGCAGACGUACAUCAUCAACAGCGCGCGCGUGGUGUUCCUCAACGAGCGCCCGCAGCCGAGGCCGGGCAAGGGAGUCACCAACACCUGCGACGUCUGCGAGCGCAGCCUCCUCGACUCGUUCCGCUUCUGCUCCCUCGGAUGUAAAAUUGUAGGCACGUCCGGCGGCCACCGGCCGAGGAAGAAACACGGCGGCGUCGGCGGCGGCGGCAAGAAGAAGAAGAGAGCGGCGCUCAAGGACGCGCGGUCGGACUCGGAGCACUCGUGCACGAGCACAAGCGGCGGCAGCAGCGACAAGAGCAGCGUGGUGCAGAGCUUCUCGCCGUCGACCCCGCCGGCCACCUCCAGCAGCUACCGCGCCGGAAACAAGCGCCGCAAGGGCAUCCCGCACCGGUCGCCGUUCGGCAGCCUCAUCGUGGAGCUCUAGGACGGCACACAGAGCCAAGCGCAUGUCUGGCCUGAUCAACGCUCUAGCCUACUGUAUACGUGACAUAGCCAAGAAGGUAAUAGCUGCGCGCCCUGAACGGCGAUGAGCCGCCGUCGAGGGGCACACACUAAUACUAUAGCGUGGUACUUCCAGUUUCGAGUUUUAGCUAGUUACCACUGGUAAAACCCUAGUGUCAGACUGUAAAGUAACUUGCAACUCCAUGACGACGACCAAGUUUUGCAAUAUACAGUAUACUGUAGUGUACUCCAUGCGACUAUGACCAUAUGGUUAUCGCACUAGAUCGUAAAUGUGCAUAGAUGACAGAUAAAUGUACCAGUAGUAUGUGGAGCAGGAGGGCAGUGUGGUGUUCAUGUACUGCACGAGCCAUGUAAUGAAAAUAAGAACGCUGCUCAGCAUGGCCA